AAUUUAACCUUCAGUCCAACGGUAUUUUUUCCCCAGGAAACAGGAGAUGAGCCCUCUGAAAAAGAUGCUUUGCAGCCCGGACGCAAUAUUGUUGCUGCAGGUUACGCCUUGUAUGGCAGUGCUACACUGGUUGCCCUCUCCACUGGGCAAGGAGUGGACUGCUUCAUGCUUGAUCCGGGUCUCGGUGAAUUUAUUUUGGUGGACAGAGAUGUUAAAAUCAAGAAGAAAGGGAAGAUAUACAGUCUCAAUGAAGGUUAUGCAAAGUAUUUUUUUCCUGCAAUGACAGAAUAUUUACAAAAGAAGAAAUUUCCUGAGGAUGGCAGCUCCCCAUAUGGUGCCAGGUAUGUGGGCUCCAUGGUAGCUGAUGUUCACCGUACAUUGAUGUAUGGUGGGAUCUUCAUGUACCCCGCUAAUGAGAAGAGUCCUAAAGGAAAGCUCCGACUUCUCUAUGAGUGCAAUCCUAUGGCUUUCAUCAUUGAGCAGGCAGGUGGGAUGGCAACCACAGGGACUGGGGCAGUGCUGGAUGUGAAACCUGAGAGUAUUCAUCAAAGAGUGCCUCUUAUCCUUGGUUCUCCAGAUGAUGUUCAAGAAUACCUCACCUGUGUACAGAAACACCAGAAAAGCAGCUAA